AUGGUGAAUCUGGAAUACAGCCACCCAGAUAUCAACAUGAGCAGAGAGCCGGAUUCCACAGAGGAACAGCAACAACUUGACAUUGGUGGAGAGAGGGACACACUGGACUUCAACAGGCAGAUUAAAACAGAAGACUUCAGUGAGACCCUGCAAUCUGGAAUUCCUCAUCGACCAUGUCACAUCUCCCAGGGAUCCAUGUUGAGUGGAGGGCAGAUGCCAGGGGACAUGACAACUUUACAUCCUCUCCAGCAAUUGGUACUAGUCCCUAGUCACUUGCAGUCCGCCUCCCAGUUUCUGCUUUCACAGUCACAAUCAAAUCAACAAGGUAUCCUACAACCCAAUCUCCUCUCUCUCCCUCAGCAACAAUCUGGACUCCUACAGUCACAGUCUGGAUUAGGAUUGGCUUCCCAGGCAGUGGGACGUCCUGGACAUCCAGCGUCUUCACUAGAACCUCAUCUAGAAAUGUCACAACAUCUGCAUGUUCCAAAACAUUUGUCAGUCUCCCUUGACGAGCCUAGUGACUUAGAAGAGCUGGAAAAGUUUGCCAAGACUUUCAAACAAAGACGGAUUAAGCUGGGAUUCACACAGGGUGAUGUCGGCUUGGCUAUGGGAAAGCUCUAUGGAAAUGACUUCAGCCAGACAACCAUAUCACGAUUUGAAGCUCUUAACCUUAGCUUUAAAAACAUGUGCAAGUUAAAACCACUGCUGGAGAAAUGGUUAAGUGAUGCAGAAUCUGCCCCAUCGGAUUCUUCUUUGACCCCUAAUACCACCUACCCCCAGUUAACUGAGAUGUUUGGGCGUAAGAGGAAGAAACGGACCAGUAUCGAAACCAACAUACGCCUGACUUUAGAGAAACGGUUUCAGGAUAAUCCAAAGCCUACUUCAGAGGAGAUCAGUAUGAUAGCAGAGCAGCUUGUAAUGGAGAAAGAAGUAGUGCGGGUUUGGUUUUGUAAUCGUCGCCAGAAGGAAAAAAGAAUCAACUGCCCAAUUAACAUGCCCCUGAAAUCGCCAAUGUAUAGCUCAAGAAUGGUGCCAACAUCUGGCUCUCUGGGCUCUUUGGCUAUCACUCCAGUGCAUAGUACAGUGACAUCAUCAUGUUCACCUGGGAGCUCCAGUAGACCAUCAUCCCCAAAUUGUGUCCAUCCCAGCAGUCCAGGUAUAUCUAUAAAUAACUCAAAACCAUCUAUGAACACAUCCAGCUAUAGCUCAUCUGGAUCUUGGUAUCGAUGGAAUCACCCAACAUACCUCCACUGAGCAGUUAUUCUUUUAAUCUAAGCAGGAACUUCACGGUUUCCUUACUAUGUCUGACUCACAGGACAAAAUUUCCAAGCACUAAGAAGAAACUUUAUUGCAAACCAGCUCCAGUGGGCCA